AUGGCGCUCGAGUGGGCGUUCGUCACUGACGUCGGCCCUGGCGCUGCCUUGCCGCCUGACACGGCGUGGCGCAAGCUCAGCGCCCGACAGAGCAACCGCGCGGCUGCUGGCCAGGACGGCGAGACGCAUUCUGAAAUGGAAAAGAAUUGCGCCACAGCUGACCCCGACCUUGAGGACAUCAUUGUUCGCCCUUCCUUCGACGUUGAGGUGGAGGCCCGCACUUGCGACGUAAGCUUCAUCACCCAUGACGGCGCCACGACCACUGUGACGGAUAUCAGUUGGAGCGCAACCUGGAAGUACGUGGAGAGCCGCGUCCAGGAUACUUCUCGGCUGAUCGUGAAGAACACGUUCCUCGACGUGCCAGAGGACGCCGCCCGUCCCCCGCGGCGCAGCGCAUCUGUUCCUGCGCGGGGCGGCAGGGAUGCCGACGACCCGAUGGCGGGCGGGCUUGCGCCCGGCCAGGCCUCGCCGCGCCCCGAGGAACGCACCCCCAGCGGUCGUGCUUAUCCGAUCUCCAGGGCCUCCCACUCGAGGCUGGUGAAAGAGUUGACGCACAUCAACUCCACGCUCACUCCUGCGCGGGGCUACGCGCAGAUGCCAGUUGGCAAUUCUUCCUUCAAAACAAAAAGCGUCAACUGGCAGGUGCCGCCCCGCGCCGCGGUGGCCUGGCGCACUGUGUCGAGGCACCAGGUAUACGACAAUCCUACUGACAUCGAGAACCUCGACUCGAUCGUCAAAGACUUCGCGAGGCCAGGCUUCUGCGAGCCCGCGCGCGCGCCCCCCUGGCGCCGCUCCGCUGUUCGCAGGUCCAAGACAGACCGCGGCUCGCACUCCGCGAGCGAGCGGCAGGCCGCCGUGCACGCGGCGGAGUCUACCCAGGCGAUCGAAAGGAUCUCGAUUGCCGUGAAGAAGCAGCGCGAGAAGUUUGUCAAGAAGCGAGAGAAGACGAUCGUUUUCGGGGUUGGCAACGACCGCGACUGGAGGGACGCUGAAGCAGAUGAAGCAGUCUUUGAAAGGGCAGCCAAGGCGGACGACCCCGAGAGCGUGGAAUGGGAGCAAUGGGCGGGCAUCGUGGAGCGAGGCCGGCCCGAGUCGCUGGUGCUGGCGAAGACUACCGCGGCUCCCACGGUGAAGAGGGCUCCUGGGCCAGGCGCAAUCAGGAAGGUCGAUUGGGCGCCUCUGGCAAACCGCUACUUGAAAGGUAGGCGCAUUAUUUUGCAUACGGACCGCGCUAAGAGCUACGCCAUGCGAGUUGAGGGAGUGUUGCACGAUUCAGUGCGGCACUGCAAAAAGAGAGUGAACAAGAAUGGAAAGUGGGUGUGGAUGAAGCCGUGCUACGCGCGCUUGGCAACUCAUAAGCUUCCAUGUGGUAGGAAGUUGCGCACCAAGGCCGGCUCCCAGGUUAUCGACAGCGCUUGGAAAUACAUCCGCUCAACCUUGGGUGGCCAGACAAUGGUGCCCAAUUCUGAGACGGCCGCCACUGCAAUUCGCAGCGCCCAGUGGCUAUACUGGCACACGGGCAAAGACCUUUGGGCCGAGAUGGGAUCCACGUUCUGUGCCAACUUUUGGCGGAGGUAA